AUGUCAUCCAUCAAGCGUUUGGUGUAUGCAGUCAUCCAGUUCCUGAGACAGCAGAGUCAGCUGGAUGUGUACACUUCAGAUGAACAAGAGAGUUUGGAAGUGGCUAUACAGUGUCUGGAGACUGUAUUUAAGAUCAGCCCUGAAGAUGCACAUCUUGCAGCACCAAAUACCUUGGAAGAAAUGUUUUCACAAGCACGUUUUAAGAAAGAUGAAUUGACACCAAUAGAAUUUCCUUCAUCAUCACCGGCCGACAUAGAGAAAGCUGAACAGCUAAAAGAUGAAGGUAACAAUUACAUGAAGGAGCAGAGCUACCAGGCUGCCGUGGAUUGUUACUCGCAGGCUGUGGAAUUGGAUCCAAACAAUGCUGUGUAUUACUGCAACAGGGCAGCUGCACAUAGCCAGUUAGGCCGCCAUAGUGACGCAAUAACAGACUGUGAAAAAGCUAUUUUUAUUGAUGCAAAGUACGGCAAGGCCUACGGGAGAAUGGGGCGAGCCCUGGCGGCAUUGAGUAGAUAUAAAGAAGCAAUCAGCAGCUACCAGAAAGCCUUGGAUCUAGAUCCUGACAAUGAAUCCUACAAAUCUUAUUUAAAGAUAGCAGAACAGAAACUCAAACAAGUGCCCAGUCCUACCAGCGCUGGAUGGGGAUUUGAUAUGGCCAGCCUGAUGAAUAACCCAGCCUACGUCAGCAUGGCAGCCAGCCUAAUGCAGGAUCCGCAGGUACAGCAGCUGAUGUCUGGUAUGAUGUCUAAUGCCGGAGGGGGUCCAGCUGCAGGUGUUGGGGGGCUCACAGAUCUUUCCAGUCUCAUACAAGCUGGGCAGCAGUUUGCACAACAGAUUCAGCAGCAGAAUCCUGAACUAAUACAACAACUGCGGAACCACGUGAGGAGCAGAUCUUUCAGUGGAACCACAGAGGAACAUUCAUGACACUCAGCAGGCAUGGGCCGAAUAUCUCUAUUUAUCUGGACAGUCAGACACCUUGACCACUAACCAACCACUGCGCACGUGUUAAUGGAAGAGUCUGGCGGGUCUGGGGUCUCAUCAGACUGCAUUGCUCCAAUAUGCUCCAUUGUCA